AUGGAGAAUGCAGAUCCGCUCAUAUCUACUGAGAAAUGUGCAGCCUGUACGCACCUACGGAAAAAAUGUGAUGCAAAUUGCCAAUUAGCUCCCUAUUUUCCUUCCAAUAAAACUGAAGAUUUCCAAAAUGUUUAUCGACUUUUCGGCAUAAGCAACAUCAUAAAUAUGCUUAAUUCUGUUGAUGAUGAGCAAAAAGGGAAAAUGGCAGAAAACUUAAUUUUAGAGGCUAAGAUUAGGAAAGAAAACCCUGUGUAUGGUUGCCUUGCUAUUGAAAGAAAACUGAGGUUAGCAAUUGAAGAAACUGAGAAGGAACUUGAAAUAGUACAGAAACAAAAUGCUUUUUGCAAAGAAAUGGCCAAAUCUCAAAUGCAAAAAUAG